ACUUGGGCUCCCGGUGGGUUCGUCCCGCCUGGCGGGGUGAGGUUACCGCCGAGACACUGCCGGCGACAUGGACAUCCUGAAGUCAGAGAUUCUGCGGAAGCGGCAGCUGGUGGAGGACAGGAACCUGCUGGUGGAAAAUAAAAAAUACUUCAAGCGGAGUGAACUUGCAAAAAAAGAAGAGGAAGCAUAUUUUGAAAGAUGCGGCUACAAGCCUAUAAAUGAGAAGCCUUCUGGAGAGAUACAGCCAACAGAGGAUGACCAGAAGCCACUAACAUCCUCAAAUCCAGUGUUGGAACUUGAACUAGCAGAGGAAAAACUACCGAUGACUCUGUCUAGGCAAGAGGUCAUCAGAAGACUGAGGGAGAGAGGAGAACCAAUUAGACUGUUUGGAGAAACUGACUACGAUGCAUUCCAACGUCUAAGAAAAAUAGAGAUUCUUACACCAGAAGUUAACAAGGGCUUAAGGAAUGAUCUGAAAGCAGCUUUGGACAAGAUUGACCAGCAGUACUUGAAUGAAAUUGUGGGUGGCCAGGAGCCUGGAGAGGAAGACACACAGAAUGACCUGAAGGUUCAUGAGGAAAACACCACCAUUGAGGAGUUAGAGGCACUGGGGGAGUCCUUAGGGAAGGGUGACGACCAUAAGGACAUGGACAUCAUCACCAAGUUCCUGAAGUUUCUUCUUGGCGUUUGGGCUAAAGAAUUGAAUGCCAGAGAGGAUUACGUGAAACGGAGUGUGCAGGGCAAACUGAACAGUGCUACCCAGAAACAGACGGAGUCCUACCUCAGACCGCUCUUCAGGAAGCUCCGGAAAAGGAAUCUUCCUGCUGAUAUUAAGGAAUCAAUAACAGAUAUUAUUAAGUUCAUGUUACAGAGAGAGUAUGUGAAGGCGAACGAUGCUUACCUUCAGAUGGCCAUUGGAAAUGCCCCCUGGCCUAUUGGCGUCACUAUGGUUGGCAUCCAUGCCAGAACUGGCAGGGAAAAGAUUUUUUCAAAGCAUGUUGCACAUGUUUUAAAUGAUGAAACCCAACGGAAAUACAUCCAGGGGUUGAAGAGAUUAAUGACAAUUUGCCAGAAGCACUUUCCUACAGAUCCAUCCAAAUGUGUGGAGUACAAUGCGCUAUGAGAUCUGUGUACAGUGUGUACGUAACAGGAGGACUCUGCACCAGCAUGUGGCCCUCUGGCCUUACCGCAGCAGCGAAGGAAGAGCUCCACAGGAGAUUCCACCUGGCCUGACACGGCUCUUGCUGAUUUUAAGAACUAUGUUGACUUUCACAUGG